GACGUUUGCUGGGCAAAGCAGCAAUGUUUACAAUAUUUUCAGAUCAUCACUUUUUUGUAUUAAAUUUUAGCGUUUUUACUUUGCGUGGGCUUUUAAGUCAUUAAAUGAGUAACUAAAACGUUACAGCUGAUCGCGAUUCCCCCACGAUAAGCAACGAAAGUGAAAGUGCCAGCGAUAACGAUGGCCACCAAGGAAUGCGACGAUAAAAGUGAUAUAAAAAUCAAGGAAAAGCUUAACCUGCACGUCAAGAAACGAUUGCAGGAAAAUGGAAAAGAAGCAUCGCUAGAGAAAAAUGAUUCCAAAGACCGGAGCAUCCCUGCCAACACGGCAGCAGCCCCCAGCUCGUCCGCUGCUCCUCCGCGAGCUAAAAGACAGAAAACCACCAAAAGUUCCUCGAAACAGACGACAAACGCAUCAGUGGCCGGAACAGGCUCAUCGAUUGCUUCGACAGCAACCCGAUCCAAUGAUCUGCUCCUUUCGCCCGGAGCGGCCAACAGUAACGAUACUACCAACAGCAGUAUCAAUUCCACCGACCAGGACGGCGAGCUCAAUGAUCGGGACACGUGCGACAAAGGAGAUAAGGGAACGGGAAAGUCCAACCAGCGGGUUGAUAUAUUUGCGAUGAUACUGAAUCAAAAGAAAAGCUCCCUGCUGUGCGAUCCGGAGGUGAUUCAGUUUAUGAAAAACCUGACCGAGGGCAAGAAAUGAACAUCCCCACGUUGACAGCCAAUUUGUGUUCAGUUUGUUCUCGUACUCUAGUGCAAGAUUGGAAUUUUGCUUAAGUAAUGUGCAAUGUGAAAUUAGCACUGGACUAUGUGAAACAUCAAAGCUUAGAGCAGAUUAAAAUAAUAAAAUAAAUAGAGAUAAACUCAUUAAA